CAACUGUAAUUAUUACAAAUACUGGGAAAACCCGAAAUAAAUUUGGCAACUCAUACAGAUCUAUUAAAAGUUGGCAACAUAUACCUCAAGAACUGUCAAUAUACAAAUAUGAUGAUAUGUUAGAUAUACUUUCAAUGGUUACCAUGCUCAAGGAGGCACGUGAUUGUCUCAAUGAAAUGGCCGGUCGACGUUACUGGGUAAAACCAGAAUAUCAAGAUCGUGAUACAAAAGGAUUUUUUGCUGUACACUUUAAUCGAAUCUAUAAGAGGAAUACAGCACAUUUUAAGCAGAUUACCGGCAUGAGCCAGGAAACGUUUGAUAUACUUUUCCGUUUUCUAGAAGAGGCUUUAACAAAAAACUCAAAUCGUCCAUCAAUAACUCCAAAGUGUCGUCUGUUUCUGACAUUAACGUACUUGUCUCAAGGUGGUAACCGGCAAAUGCUUAGUGAAAAAUUUAAAAUGGGUUUGACCACUGUUAAGCGUAUUAUAACCGAUACUUGUGAUAUUAUAUGGAAAACAUUGCACUCUGUUUAUGUCUGUCCUCCAAUGGGUUACGAAUCCUUACGUAUGGCUGAUGAAUUUUGGGAGGCAUGGAAUUUGCCACAUUGUGUUGGAGUUGUCGAUGCAAAACUUUUAAGUAUAACAGCCAGACCAAACCAUACUGCUAUUAGCAAAAAAUUAAAAAGUAAACAAUCUCUUGUUCUGCUAGCAGUCUGUGACGCCAAUCACGUUUUCACUAACAUAGACAUUGGUGUUUAUAACAAAGAUACUGAUGCUACAACUUGGAAUUUAGAGUUCUUUAAGGAGUUAAUAAGUGGAAAAUUAAACUUACCCAAUAAGGAACUGCUACCAAAUUCUGAUAUAAAUUUUCCUUAUUAUAUGAUAGGGCACUCAUCAUUUCCCCUUAAAACAUAUCUAAUGAGACCUUAUGCAGGCAAUCAACUAACACCGGACAGUGUAAUUUUUAAUCAACAUUUGGCAAAAGCCCAGAGUGUUGCCGAAAAUGCCUUUGGCGUUUUAACCGCUCAUUGGAAGAUAUUGCAGUCCCCUCUGCACAUGAGUCCGAAGACCGCCGAACUAAUUGUUAAGGCUACAGUUUUGUUGCAUAAUUUUCUUAGGAAUCACGAUGAAACAUAUUGUCCUCCCGGUUAUGUUGAUGCCUUUGAAGGUGAAGAUAUAAUAGAGGGUGUAUGGCGUCAACAAGUUAAAAAGCCUUUACAAAGUAUUGGUCGCAUAGGAUCGAAUAAUGCCAAACAAAAGGCUUUCGAUACUAGGGAUAAUCUCAAAUACUAUUUAAAUGCUAUUGAACAGAUAAUAGAUAAUAAUUCAAAUGUUAUAAUAAAGGAUGAAAUAAAUUGACUAAAUUUUUUCUUUUGAUAUCCUUCAUCUUCGAAAUAAUCAUAUGUAUUUAUAUUUUUUA